AAAAGGAAGAAGAAGAAGCCAAAGAAUUACAACGUAAAGCAAUGGCCACGCCUAAAAACUCAAAAAUUGUAAUACCAGGUCGAAGAGAGCCGGGCGUGCCUCUUAGAAAAAGGGGAUUUGCUCAAGUAAGUUGGCUCAAGGCAGCUCAAGUAAGUUGGCUCAAUCCAGCUCAA